GUGGGACGGCCCGCGGCCUCUGAGCUCGCGCGACGCGGCCGGGCGGUGCGGUGCCUUCCGCCUUCUGCAGCUGUCUGCAUAUUUUUUCUUUCUUUUUCGCAAUUUUGAACAUUUAACAAGACGAGGGGUUCGAGGCAAGUGAGAGCAUCCUGCACGUCGUGGAGGAGCCCGCGGGCACUUGGCGCGCUCUCUGGGGACUGCACUGGGAACCCGAAAGUUUUUUGUUUUUAUCUUUUUACGCAGAUGUAUUUAUAAAGACAUAAGUAAUUUUUUUUUUCUUCCCUGUUUGCACCGCCUUGAAAGCAAGAACUUUUGGCAAAGGACGGAGGAAAAAGCUCAGCAACAUUUUUGGGGGAGGUUGGGUUGUUUUUUUUUUUAAGAAAAAAAAAAAUUUGAGUGCAUCGCGAUGGAGAAAAUGUCCCGACCGCUCCCACUGAAUCCCACCUUUAUCCCGCCUCCCUACGGCGUGCUCAGGUCCUUGCUGGAGAACCCGCUGAAGCUCCCCCUUCAUCACGAAGACGCAUUUAGUAAAGAUAAAGACAAGGAAAAGAAGCUGGAUGAUGAGAGUAAUAGCCCGACGGUCCCCCAGUCAGCAUUCUUGGGACCCACCUUAUGGGACAAAACCCUUCCCUAUGACGGAGAUACUUUCCAGUUGGAAUACAUGGACCUGGAGGAGUUUUUGUCGGAAAAUGGCAUUCCCCCCAGCCCGUCUCAGCAUGACCACAGCCCUCACCCUCCCGGGCUACAGCCGGCUUCCUCAGCUGCCCCCUCCGUCAUGGACCUCAGCAGUCGGACCUCUGCACCCAUUCACCCUGGCAUCCCAUCCCCAAACUGUAUGCAGAGCCCCAUCAGACCAGGCCAGCUGUUGCCAGCCAACCGCAAUACUCCGAGCCCCAUUGACCCUGACACCAUCCAGGUCCCGGUGGGCUAUGAGCCAGACCCGGCCGACCUUGCCCUCUCCAGCAUCCCCGGGCAGGAAAUGUUUGACCCUCGCAAACGCAAGUUCUCUGAGGAAGAACUGAAGCCACAGCCCAUGAUUAAGAAAGCUCGCAAAGUCUUCAUCCCAGAUGAUCUGAAGCAGGACGACAAGUACUGGGCGCGGCGCCGGAAGAACAACAUGGCGGCCAAGCGCUCGCGUGAUGCGCGUCGCCUCAAGGAGAACCAGAUCGCCAUCCGCGCGUCCUUCCUGGAGAAGGAGAACUCGGCGCUGCGCCAGGAGGUGGCCGACCUGCGCAAGGAGCUGGGCAAGUGCAAGAACAUCCUGGCCAAGUACGAGGCCCGGCAUGGGCCCCUGUAGGCCGGCGUCCGCGGGCGGCCUCAGGCCCCCGACAGGGGUCUCCUGGUUGAUCGCACCGCACCUACCGACCUUUCUGACAUCAGCACUUUACCAGAUGCAUCAACAGGACGGACUCACAUUUUGGCGUGGGUCUCGGAAAGAAGUCAGUUAACAUCACCCAAAAGCACAAAAUGGAUGUUAGUCAAAUAUUUAUUGGAUGAUACAGUGUUUUUUAGGAAAAGCAUCUGCCACAAAAAUGUUCACUUCAAAAUUAUGAGUUCCUGGAAUGGAACAUCACUGCAAGCAUCCCAAACAAGUCUGUUCUCCUCUGUGGGCACGUGCAUCUUACGCAGUAUAAGGUUAAUAUUGGUGCUAUGUGUAUGGUUUAUAAUUUGAUAGAUGUUUUGACUUUAAAGACGAUUGUUCUUUUGUCUCACUAACUUGUGUCAAGAGAUUCUGCUGUUGUUGCAAAGAAACAUUUCCCGCAAGAUUAAAAUACCCUUUGAUCAGUGGGAUUUUCUAGUUUCUUGUGUCCAGAGUAUGUAAUUCUUUAGUGACCUGGUGGUCUCCUCGUCAAUCCAUCAGCAAUGCUUCUCUCAUAGUGUCAUAGUCUUGGGAAAUCUGAAUAGUAAAAUAUUCCUGCUAGGUAUCCAUUUUGUCCCAAGCUACACAUUAUGAUGGGAGAUGGGAGAGUAUUGGAAUUGAAAUACAUUGUUCAGGUAAAUAACCAAUAAAAUAAACAAGACCUUUGGCAAACUUAAACAGAACUGAAUAAGUGUUAUUCAGAGAGACAAGUGGGCAUGGAGUUGGCCUUUUUAUAGGUAAAGAGACUAAUUGCAGCAGAAUUGUUAAAUCAUCACUAAAACAGAAACAAAUGACAUCUUUAAGUGGAGAAGUGUUGAAGGAUUGUACUGAAGACCAUCUAAAUUCAUUGACGUUUAAAAUGGUAGCUGAAAAAACUAUUUGAGUACUGGUCUUUCUGAAAUUAGGUUGUGUGUAUCCAAUGAGCAUCAUAAAUGUUUUCUGCAGAAGAAAUCAGAAAAUCAUAAUAAAGCAUUCUUUGGCGUGCCAGGGGAGGUUUCAGAAACCUACCUCGUCUUAAAAAUUUAAAAACUUUGGAGUCUGUACAGGUGCCUUAUAUGUAGGUCAUUGUUACCACACACACGAGCACUCA